AUGUCAUCAAAAGAAUACCACCCGCUAGCUCUAGGUGAUCACAGAGAUGAUGAGUCCGAAGACAGUCUUCCUCCAACUUACCUCUCUGAUUUCAGAAAGCGACGAACCUCGUCAGCUCUUCAAUGGGGACUCUAUGUUUUUGGACUUGUUCUGACUGUUGCUGUGACCGCAUUUGUUUCAACGGCCAUUGCUCAGCAGCACCUCAUAAGAACAGCGCCAGGAGAUGGCCUCGAUUCGAAUAUGCCUACGGAAGUCCGAAUAAUAAGCAAAACACCGCCUGACCAGAUGGAAAAGAUCUGGGACACUCUCAUAACGAGAGAACAAGGACUAGUCUGGAUUGACAAUCCUGAAGAACAUGGCUUUCCCCCAGGACUCCCAAACGGCCCUGGUGGCCAGAGAAACGUAUAUGGUCUUUCAUAUGCUCAUCAAUUGCACUGUCUCAUGAUGAUUCGAAACGAGUAUCAUGCUUUGCAAAGAAACGAAAGCAAGCAGAUCCUGGGACCAGACGGCGAAGCCUCACUUGACACCAUGACCAAGAGGAGAAUCCACCACAUUGAGCACUGCUUCGACUAUCUACGCCAGAGCGUUGAAUGUGUCAGUGACAUGACCAUCGAAUGGGCGGAUCCAGAGCCUGAUGAAUUGGGAAAUCUGUAUCACAUCAACGGCUAUGGUGUUCUUCACCAAUGCCGCAAACGAGAAUCUGUAAUCAACUUUUCUGCUGCUAGAAGACCUCCACUUGUUGCUCAUCCCGAAGAAGGUGGUAUUGAUGGACAGUGAGAGCAUGGCGAACGCCAUCAUGGCAAUCCUUCAGAAGUUGCAAAGUAAAAGAGCUUGGCAAUUUUGACUUGGGGGUAUCAUGA